GAAAGCUUCCAUACCCAUUGCUGAGUAUUUUAGCGAGCAAUCGCUGGCCUCUUUGGCCAAAAGGUCGGCGACAUAUUCGUCGGUGAGAAGCUCGUCGUUGGGCAUGGGAAGAGCAGAAUAGUGCGGAUAAUAAAGCACAAGACUGGUUGUAGUUUAUGUCAAUUACGUAGCAAGCAAAUCCGGGGUGUUGAAGAAACAGGGUCUAGCAGUCGAGUUCGCCAAGAUGACUCAGCGCAUGAGAUCCCUGCUGAUAAGAUAAGUGAUGCAUGCAAACCUCAUGCAGUGCCACGCUAAACUGCAUCGGGUUCCAUGUCAACACGCUGCAUCGACUCUCCUUCACAGGUUGGCGAUACUGGUCCUCAGAAGAGAGAGAAAGACGCUCGUUGUAUCAAAUUGCGCUGUGACAUCGUUUCCGAUUACCACAAGAUGAGCGCGAAAACACCAGAAAAGGUGCUCGAGACCUUGCGCCGUCUUCAGGAGAAAAAUGAGCUUUCCAUCAUCAAACUGAGCGAGCCAAUCUCAAAUUCUACGCCAAACGAUGCCCGCCAGCGCAUCUCCGACGCGUCCAACACGUCCAUUGACGGCCCUUCUCCAACCAGCCUGGAUGCAGAUCUCAUUCAUUACAAAGAGCUCUUUUCUAAACUACGAUUUUCCUAUGUCGAGCAAGUGACCAAGGAGAAGUUUAUCCGCGCAAUCGUAGGCGACCCGCCACUCAUCGUAACGCUUCAGGAGAACCUGGAUCUUGAGCGAGAAAAUGCAGAGGCUAAGGCGCAGCUCAAGAAUCUCAAGCUGGAAGUGGCAGACAUGGUUUCCGAUUUGGAAGCCAGAGGGCGAGACCUAAGCAAGAGAUACGAAAAGAUUCAGCUGGAGACUGUGCGGUUGGAAGAGCUGCCUGCCAAGACCGUCGAGCUGGAGAAUCGCAUCAGAGAGCUCAAGGAUCAGAAUGAGGCGUCGGAUGCGGACCCGAAACUCCAGCUGCCUCUUGCAAAGACACUGAGCUUUGUUUCGAAGCGGAAAGCAGAGCAGCAGGAGCUUGCGCGCGAGCUUGAGGCGCUGCAAUCCAAGGUCCCCAGGAAGAGAAAAGAAGUAGAGAGACUGCAGACUGAGUUACAGCCGUUGGAGGUAAAGCGGCAGAAUAGCACUACGGCUGCGCGUGAGGCUCAGAGAAGAAAAGAGGCCGCUCUUGGCGGAGUUGCGGAUGAUCUUGAGCAGAGGGCUCGGUGGUGGCGAGCGAGCGAGAGCAUGUUGAAGCAAGUCCUUGACAUUAAGCCAUGAUACAAAGGGGCAUGGGUUAAUGGAAUUAUACGAGUAUGAUUUAUAGAGGUUAAACGGGUUUAUUUGGCGUUUACGGGGAUGCUCAGACACUGCAAUGCUUGGGUUAAGGAGGCGUUGGAUGGGCUUUUUGAGGACCUUGAAUGGAAUGUGAUUUGAGAAACAUUUUCUGUAUAUACCACAAGAAGAGCUUGAAUUUAGAAACAAGACUCUAAUACAUUACAUUAGCCAGGUCAGGUUAAUGAAGCAUUGAUUUCC